CCAAUCCAAUUUUCCUCCUCCUCCUCCGAACCUCCACCGAUCCCGCCGGCGAUAGUACGAUACCGUCGCAAUCGCCAGUCCAGACGAGCCGAGCCGGCAGCGAGGCCGAUCCGUCGCGGCGCGCAAAUGGGAGUUGGGCGCGGGCGGUGGUGAUGGGCGCGGCGAGCUCGAGGCUGGAGAAGGCGCUGGGCGAGCAGUUCCCCGAGGGCGAGCGCUACUUCGGACUCGAGAACUUCGGAAACACCUGCUACUGCAACAGCGUCCUCCAGGCACUUUACUUCUGUGUUCCUUUCCGCGAGCAAUUGCUGGAGUACUAUGCGAACAAUAAGAGCGCCGGAGAUGGUGAAGAGAACAUGUUAACCUGCUUGGCUGACCUCUUCUCUCAGAUAAGCAGCCAGAAGAAGAAAACGGGUGUUAUUGCUCCGAAGCGGUUUAUACAACGGCUGAAGAAACAGAAUGAGCUUUUCCGCAGCUAUAUGCACCAGGAUGCUCAUGAGUUUCUGAAUUUUUUGCUUAAUGAGCUAGUUGACAUUCUUGAGAAAGAAUGUAAAGCUGCUAAAGAACUGGCUCAAAAUUCCUCCUCGAAUAAGAAUUUGAAUGGUCCUAUUAAUAAUGGUCAAGCAAAUGGUAGUCGUAAAGAACCGGAUACUACAUGGGUCCACAAAUGCUUCCAGGGAAUAUUGACUAAUCAAACAAAAUGUUUGAGAUGUGAAACAGUCACUGAUAGGGAUGAAACAUUUCUUGACCUUAGUCUGGAUAUAGAACAGAAUAGUUCAAUCACCAGCUGCCUUAAAAACUUCAGUUCAACAGAAACUUUGAACGCUGAGGAUAAAUUUUUCUGUGACAAAUGCUGCAGUUUACAAGAAGCGCAGAAAAGAAUGAAGAUAAAGAAACCACCAAACAUCCUGGUAAUCCAUCUCAAGCGCUUCAAGUACAUCGAACAGCUUGGCCGCUAUAAAAAGCUAUCAUAUCGAGUUGUUUUCCCACUGGAGCUUAAACUCAUCAACACUGUUGACAAUUCAGACUUGGAAUAUUCUCUCUUUGCUGUACUUGUUCAUGUCGGAAGUGGGCCAAAUCAUGGCCACUACAUCAGCUUGGUAAAGAGCCACAACCACUGGUUAUUCUUCGAUGACGAGAAUGUUGAGAUGACUGAUGAGUCCAUGGUACAGACAUUCUUUGGCUCAGCACAAGAGUUCAGUGGUAAUACCGACAACGGCUACAUACUCUUCUACGAAAGCCUUGCUAAAACAAGCUGAUUCCUUCCACAUAUCUCGUGAUUAGUUAACACAGUUUUCCUUUUGCCAUCAUGCCUUCUUGCUCUGGGCUAUAUAGAAGAAUCGGUAAGUUAGAAUAAGUUGAACGCAAGGCCAUUCAACUUUAGAUGCUAUGGUGUAAUCGGUAUUUAGCAAUAAACUGUGAUGAGUUUUCUGGGGACUACUAUAGCCGCAGAAACAUACAGUUUUCUUGUUGUUUUCCAUAUUUUGGUUAUGGCACAAGUUUCUAUCACUCGUGGAAUAAAUGUAUGGUGAAGUUGUCAUGUAAAGAGAGAUGCUUGCAUCUUGAAGCCUUUGGGCUUUUUGAGGAAAAUUUUGGUUGAUAGA